CCUUCUCUUUCUCUCUUCUUUCUUUCUUUCUGUCUCCAGCAGAAAGUGUGUGUUUGUCGUUUCGUUCCUGACGACUGAAGAAUCAGACCAGAGUCAUGGCUGUGAAUAAAUGUAUUAAAUACCUCCUCUUCAUCUUCAACCUUCUCUUCUGGCUGAGCGGCUGCCUCAUCCUUGCUGUGACCAUCUACCUGAAAGUCAGCAAGGAAUCUAACAAGAUCACCAGCGAGGCGAUUCCUGGCAUCGACCUGAUGAUCGCCAUCGGUGUGAUCAUCAUGGUGCUUGGCUUUCUGGGUUGCUGCGGCGCCAUCAAAGAGAACCGCUGCAUGCUGCUGAUAUUUUUCAUCGGUCUGCUCAUCAUCUUCAUCCUCCUUGUGGCAGCAGGAAUUGUCGGAGCCGUGUUCAUGAACAAGGUUAAGCCAUUGAUCACUGAGACACUUGGACAAAAUCUCCCAUUGACAUCUCAACCAGUUGAGUUUCAGCAGGACAUACAGAAACUGGAGACGCAGUUGUUUUGUUGUGGUUUAGUUAAAGGACCAGCAGACUGGGGCUCCAACAUCCCUGUCUCCUGCGACUGUAAAGACCCCAAAUACGGCUGCACAUUGUCUGGCGGCCGCCAAGUCUACAACACGCCCUGUAUCAACUCCAUCAUUGACGUGUUGGAGAAAUUCUCGAAGGUGGUACUGGCAAUCGCCUUCACCAUUGCAGUCCUGUUGAUUUUCGGGAUGGCCUUCUCCAUGACCCUCUACUGUCAGAUCGGAAAGAAAGAAGGUCCAACCACAGCCUGAGCCUCCACGUAUGGCCACGCCUCCUCGCUGUCUGGCAACAGCCAAUCAGCACUGCCCAAAUAAUUCUAAUUAAAUCUGCUUAUAGUCAAUCCUAAAAAUUUAACCUGUGCCUUUAUGUUGAAAGAGUUCAGUCGACUGGUGUGUUGUCCCCAAAUAACAUUAAAACUACAUUAUUAGAUGUGAUUUUUUUUUUUUAAGCUUCAGACAAAAUGAAGAAUAAAUUAUUAAAAUGUGUGAUACAAUUUGGUAAAUCAAUUUAACAUGAAAUGUUCCUUUAAUGAACAAAAUGAGUACUUCUGUAAUGGCUCAAUAGUAAUUGUCAGAAUUUAAAGAGGGAAAAUGUUCUUGGGUAAGAUGGGACAUUUUUUGUUCAUCAUUCCAGGUAACACUAAAGCUGGGAUUUUCCUAAAUAUUGGUGGAAUAUUUCCACCUCGACCCUCAAUGAUAUAUUCUUAGGUCAUAGGUUGUGUGUCUUCAAAGAACAAUGCUUUGGAAAAUUAUUAUUAGAAUCUGGCAACAGCAUAACUAAACUCUUCUCCAUAACAGCUGUACUUAUACAUGCAGCAACAUGUCAGAACAAACUGAGAACUAUUUAAAAUGUAAUUCAUGAUUGUACUGAUCCAUAAGCUGCUUCAAUGCCACUGAUCUUUAUAGUAACAGAACUAAAUUAGAGGCGAUGAUCACACAGGCUAAACAUGUUAGCUGAAUAAAAAAAAAAAAAAAAUGCUCUGCUGUUGUAUUAACUGUCACAAAAACACCUGUAGGAGAAGAAUAGAGCGGUACAAAUGCAUUCCAUUCAUGCUAAAUUAGCCAGGUACCACAUGUGUUAGCUAAAUAACCUAGCCACAUUACUGAAAUGACUUAGCAAAGCCAUCUAACUUGGCUUUUGAGCAGUUAGCCUGCUCACAAAUCAUAGUGAUAUUUACAGAUUCUGGAGCACUGGAUUAUUGAUGUUAGUCAAACUGCUGUUGUGGUGCCACAGGAAUAUAGCGUAUCUGACAUUAAGAGCCUAUGUAACACUCAGGCUUCCAGUCCUGAUCAUUGAGCUCGAAAGCACAGAUAUAAUUUGCAUUUCUGAUCCUGUCUGGCUGCAUUUGCUAACCAUAAAGUUUUAGUCUCACGUAAAGUGCAAAGCAAGCUAGCUAGUUAACAUUGUGCAAGGCCUAUUAGAUUAACAUGUUUGUUUUGUUCAACAAAUAUUCUGUUUUGUUUUGGGUUAUUUUUUGUGUCAUCGCUUUUUUUUUUUUUUUUUUGUCUCUAUACUGGUGUUCAUAUCGCUGUCAUUUUUAGCAAAUAUUUGAUACAUAUUUACUCAGGAAAUUAAAUUUGUUCUUAAAAUGUCAAAAGUGCAUUAUAUUUUCUUUAGUUACUGCUACACAGGUUCAACGUGUUGAGCAAUGUUCUUUUUUUUUUUUCUUGAUAAUGUGUGUAAAUUAUGAUUUGGAACAACAUUGAGUUUCCUGUUUCACAUUGAAUCCUGUUUCUUUAAAAAAAUCUUCAGAAUGUGUUUGUGAUAUUUGUGUAUAUUCUCAGAAGGGAACAAAAGUCACAUUACAUUAAAGAUUCUCCAACCUU